AUUGAUAUGUACACUAAAAUGGUGGAUAUAGGAGGCGCGCUAUGACGUGUGGUUUUUCUUUUUCCAAUAUUACCGAAAACUCUUAUUAAAAUGAGAAUCAAAAAGCCUAAAAGGCUAUUAAAUAGUCUGAACCCUUUCAACAUAUUUAAGAAACACGGAAAUGGUGGGAGUAAGGAUACAAACUCUUCGUCCGACGCUAUACCUGCAAGUGUCUACCAUGCUCUAGUUAUAAUUUUCUUGGAAUUUUUUAGUUGGGGUCUUCUUACCUUGCCGAUUAUUACAGUGCUUAAAAAAACAUUUGACACCCAUACACUGUUGAUGAACGGUAUUAUUCAAGGCAUAAAGGGCUUUUUAUCCUUUUUAUCAGCUCCACUAAUAGGUGCCUUAUCCGAUAUAUGGGGAAGAAAACCUUUUUUAUUAUUAACUGUUACUUUUACUUGUGCUCCUAUACCUCUUAUGAAAUUUAGUCCAUGGUGGUAUUUCGCCGUUAUUUCCAUUUCCGGUAUAUUCACAGUAACUUUCAGCGUUGUUUUUGCUUACGUCUCUGAUGUAACAACUGGGGAAGAAAGAAAUUUUGCCUAUGGUUUAGUUUCAGCCACUUUUGCUGCUAGUUUAGUAACGUCUCCAGCAAUAGGUGCUCACUUGUCUCGGGUUUACAGCGAUAAUUUUGUUGUGGCCUUGGCGACAUCUAUAGCAAUACUGGAUAUAAUUUUUAUUCUAGUCUUUGUUCCGGAAUCCUUACCGGAGAAAUUGAGACCCAGUUCAUGGGGUUCGCAAAUCUCUUGGGAGAAGGCUGAUCCUUUCGGUGCUCUACGGAAAAUUGGUCAUGACCCACUGAUAUUGAUAUUGUGCAUAACAGUUUUCCUAUCAUAUCUACCGGAAGCCGGCGAAUAUUCUUCAUUCUUUGUCUAUUUAAAGUUAGUUAUGGGCUUUGAUGAGGAGAGCGUUGCAUUAUAUAUGGCAGUUGUAGGAGUUUUAAGUGUCAUAGCUCAAACAGCUGUAUUAUCCAUGCUUAUGCAUCAUUUUGGGGCCAAGCAUUCGAUUAUUAUAGGCCUGACUUUUGAGAUGCUUCAGUUAGCCAUAUUUGGUUUUGGGAGUCAAACUUGGCUAAUGUGGAUGGCUGGUGGCGUUGCGGCGCUUGGUUCUAUAACCUAUCCAGCCAUAUCAGCCUUUGUUAGUUCGCAUGCCGAAGCUGAUCAACAAGGCGUCGCUCAGGGUAUGAUAACUGGUAUUAGGGGCUUAUGUAACGGCUUAGGUCCAGCCGUUUUCGGGUUAAUUUUCUAUUUGUUCGACGUCAACUUGAAUGAAACAAAUAAUAAUGAAGAUGACAACUCUGUGCCUAACGCCACAACAUCAACAACACCUCGAUCUAGAAAUGGAAUACUAACUGGGCCACCAUUUGCCUUUGGUGCCAUUCUUGUAAUUUUGGCUAUUAUUGUUGCAAUGUAUAUAAAUAAAUCUUCAUCUCCUCAAUCCAGUAGUAGAAGAGUUUCUGGUUCAGGAGAGAGUGGAUCUAAACCGUAUAGUUAUGAAAUCCAGCCUCUAAUUUCUGAAGAAGAGGUGUUAUAA